AUGCCAAGACAAUCCAAGAGAAAAAACGAUGUGGAUGACAAUGUUCAUCAUCAUGACUCGCCAAAACAACCCAAGUUGAACGUUGUACGUUAUGAUCGUACUUUCCCAGAGUCAUCCAUAGGCAUUCUUGCUCCACUUCCGAAUGAAAUGAUUUUUCAAAUUCUUUCAUUUCUUGUGAGCGAUUUAGAGUCCAACCGGAAAUUGAAUGUAACUGAUAUGAAAUCAAGAGAGGAAACCAAUCAGAAGAACCGUUAUUAUGUCGCUAGAGCAGAGAUAUUGUCUGAAGAAGUAACGAGAUAUAUUCCGCCCUUUGAAAAUAUUAAAGCCUUGAUCAAUCUUACAAAGUCCAGUAAAUACUGGCUCGAUAUGAUCACCUCACCUGCCUCUCGCUCAGAGGAGGAUGAGACUCUCACAGAUUUUGAAAUGUAUUGGUUGAAUGGCUACAACUUUUUUGAAAAAUUAUUAUAUUGGAUUAGAACUGCAUCGUUGGAUGACUUGGAGUUGGGACAAGGAGAUAUGAACAAACAUCAAGUGAUGGAAAUGACUCGUAUUCAGAAUGUGAUUCAACACUAUGAACGAGGAAAGGUUUUGGAUGAUCUUUCUACUGCAAUUAGUAGUGACUGGGAAGAUUAUGGUUAUGAUGAUGAUGGUGGAGAUGAAGAAGAAGAGGAAGAGGAGGAAGAAGAGGAGGAAGAGGAACCCUUAGAUGGAGAGGUCACAUCGAAAGAAAACGUCCUUAAAGGGUGUGUGAUUGCAAUUUCAGGCAUUCCCAAUCCUGAGAGAACAACAAUUAGAGAAACUGCUUUGAAGAUGGGUGCUCAUUAUCGACCCAACUUCACUAAUGACACCACUCACUUAGUUGCUGCAUUUGUUGGAACAAGUGAAAAAUCUGUUGAAGCCCAAAAAGCUGGAGCUUUUAUUGUAUCAAAAGAUUGGGUAUACGAUUGCAACACAAAUUCAAGGAGAAUGAACGAGAAAAAGUAUUCUAUGAUUCCUGAAAAGAAAGAAUCAAAGCCAAAGAAGAAGAAAGUUCCAGGUUCAAAACAACCGAUCUAUUCAGACGAAGAUCAGAGUAAAUCUCAGUUAAUGAAGAGACUUGAAAAGUUAGAUGUGACUUCUGAGGAAUAUUGCACAUACUUUAGAAAUCAUUGUGACUCCUUCCAAUUAUUUAUUUUUUCAUCGUUAAUUCUUUCUUUGAACAUGUUUAAAGCAUUAGAUUCUGAGAACGUUAACGAAUAUUGGGCAGAAGGAAGUGAUGUAUUGUUGAGCUCUAACUAUUUAGAUCAGUGGGCAGAAGAAGAACAAAAUAACAUGUAUGAAUACAGAAGAAAAAGAACAAUACAAAAUGAUGAUGGAUCACCAAAAUUAGGCAUUUACAUUUGCAAACCUUCAGGUUGGGCCAAGUUUUUGGGAGCUGAACGAUCUCAAUCAUUUGAUCCUUACACUCUUAAAUUAGAAGAUAUAGAUCAAGAACGGAUUAAGGAACGAAUGAAAAAAGCUCUCUAUCUCAAAUUGGAAAAUAUUCUACUAUUUCAACCAUUAACGUGCUUCGAGUUCCCUCAUAACAUUCAGUUUUUGAGUAUUGAACAAUCUACGACUGAAUCCUAUACUGGUUAUCCAGAAACCUCUUGGCAGGAAUUGUUUAAUAAUUGUGUAUUCCCUGGCGUUAAAUUCCUUCGUAUUAGAAUUUCACAAGAGUACAGUUAUCGUAAAAAAGAAGACAAGAAAGAAAUGCCUAUUGAUGAACUAGAACGUAAAAUUCUUGAGGCAUUAUUGAACAAGGAGGCUCUUCCAAAUCUUCAGCAUUUAGCUCUUAGUGGGUUUACUUUUAAUUCGGUAAAAACAGUGCUAAUGAAGCAACGAGACUUCCUUUCAUCUCAGUUAAUUUCAUUUGAGCUCACCUUUGAUGGAGAUUCAAGAGAUCACAAGAAUUGGUCGGAUUGGACUUCUUUUACUUGUUCAUUGAGUCACAAAUCCAAGACUUUGAGAAGAGUUGUUGUUGAGACUGACUUGGAUUGCAGAUACCGCUUUAAUCAUACACACAUGGAGAAAUUCUAUUCAUCACACAAUUGCGUAGCUUCUAUUGGACAUGCCAGCAUCAGUCGAUUUUACUAUAUUUGCAAUGAAUAA